ACGCCCACCCGCGCACACACCACUGCUCGCUCUCCAAGCAGCCCAUGCAAUUGCUCCCGCCGAGCCAAUCUGCAUCCCUCCAGACGCCCUGCUCCCAGCUGAUUUCUCGGCUCGUCGCUGUCCGGGUGUGAUAUCUAGCGUCUCUGCCAGCCAAGCGUGUCCUUCCCUCCCGCUAAUCGCCGCCUCAGGGACGCACCACGCAGACGAGCCCUGCCUAUUCAACACCUCUAUUGCUCCCGAAAGCACACAUCAUUCGCCCGAUCGCGUAGCCUGUGGCUCCUCCAUCGCGUCUCGCCUUCCUGCAUAUAAAUGGAUCGCUCGAACCUCCCCGGCGGCAUACUGCACUCGCUCCCUCCAGCGCACCGCCUUCCUUCAGCUCAACCUGCGCUCUACUCGCUCGACGCGUAUCCCGCGCAGAGACACCUCCCAUCCCAGCCCCGGCAGCUUGCGCAACCGCCCACGCCGUCGCAGGUCUACUCUUAUCCCUCCUCGCUCACCGAUCUCCCAUAUCAUCCCGCACCGCCUCCUCACCAUCGCUCCCACACCGCCCCCGCUGCACCAUACUUCCCCCAGGAUUCCUACGCCAACCGCGCGACGCACCUCACACCCGCGACGACGUGCGUGCCCUCGCUCAUCCCCCCGGGCAUGGACCCCGCGCGCGUCGACAUGCGCACCUUCUAUCCCUACACGCCGAAUGAGGUCAAGCACCGCAAGCGCACCACGCGCGCGCAGCUCAAGGUGCUCGAGGAGGCUUAUAGCAAGGAGACGAAGCCGAACGCAAGCCUUAGGAAGGAGCUUGCGGAGAAGCUGAAUAUGACCCCCCGGAACGUCCAGGUUUGGUUCCAAAAUCGCCGCGCAAAGACGAAGAAUCAGAACAAGAAGCGGUUUGCAGAGAAUCAGCGCUCAACAUCCUCGUCCACUUCCACACGCAGAAACUCUCUCAGCCCGCCACCCUCACCCAUCAUGCCCUCGCCAACAUACGAAGAGCUUGAUCUUCCGCCUCAGAGAGACGCACAGGGGACUAUGCGUCACGAGCGGGACCGCUCUGGCUCGGGCUCGUCAUCAGGCGGGUCGACAGGCUCAGCAGACACGGCGAUGCCCGGUCUCGACGCGGAACCCGAUAGACGAUUGAACAGCGUCACCAGCUCAAGCUCGGAUGCGACCACGAGGAGCCGCUCGGCGCCUACCAACGAAACUGAGAUGCCAUCUGCGUAUCCCGCUGAUUCCCUGUCCCCGCAGCUGCAGUACCCUCUCACUCCCCCUAGGCAUGCCGGCAUUCGCCAUCUCCAGCAUCUCCAGCAAAAUCUUAUGCAGCGCCACGUGUCUAUGCAAUCUCGCUAUGGCCUCGGCGGCGCGCUGGACGAGACUGUCCGCUCCGCAUAUGACCUUCGUCGCCAAUCUAUGCCCAACCUCUUGAUUGCAUCGUCCUAUUCGAAUCUCUCACCGGUUGCAGCACACCACGCGCACGACGUCGGCUCUGGCGCAGGGUACGACCCGCUGCGGCGCGCGUCGAUUGCGAUCCCACAGGACACGCACGCGCUUCGGCUGAGCAGGCACCCGCUCGCGCACGUCGCCGCGCUGGUGAACGAGCACGGGGCUCACACUGCGUAUGAUGCUCCAGCGCAGGCGGGCAGCAUGGCGGCGCCGAGUGCGAGGCACGUGAUGGGCGCAUAUGCGGUACCGACGCGGACGGUGGGCCCGCCGAUCGAUGGACCGCUGCCCACACCCGACUACCACUUUGGUGAGCCUGUUGCGCAGUACGAGCCUGCGCCCCAGUCGCAGUACGAGUAUGAGAGCGGCGCGAACUACGGCGCGGUCCCGAAUGCGAACAUGGACGGGCACCGGGGCUCGUUCUCGAGCGAUGACAGCGCGUAUGAGAGUUACUCGGCGGGUUAUGGGUCGAGGUUUAGUAGUUUUGCCAGCGUUUCGGGGAGCGAGACGAGCUGGACGAGUUAUUAUGGUAGUGAGGAGGGCGGGUCUGCUGGAAAGGAGAGUGAGGCGGACCUGGAGAACAGAAGGGGAAGCUGGUGAGUGUCGUCCUUUGGAAUGUUCUGCUGCCUUGGGCCCUGGGCUGGUGCGAUCCGUCCAUUUGACGUCUUGUGAUGAUCGUGUGGGGUUAAGGAGGGCUUUGACAGCGCAUAUAUGCGCGCUUGUUGUGCGUGGGUUGACAUGCUGAUGAUACUG